AUCAACCAUCAACCAUCAACCAUUGAAAGCGUACUCCCCACCUAUCGGUAUCAACAACAGAGACUGAUUCUUAAAUUCGAAGCAAAUCAUUAUUAAAUUCCACAUUAACAAAUCAGCUUUCCAACCAAGAAAUUGAACUAUCUCUGCAAAUACCUCCACCAUCUCCCUCUUCUCUCCCCCUCACCACAUACACUUAGUUCUAGCUUAGACAAACAGAGAGGAGGGGAGAGAGGAGAUGAAGGUCUCGGCGCUGCAGCAGAGCUACAUGAAUCGCCGAAGCAACAGCUUCAGAGGAUCUACGCCACUGGAUUCAGCUGCCGACGGCCCGAUUAAAUCGCCGGCAGCUGUUUUCUGGCUCGUUUUACAUGGUCUGUGCUGCUUAAUCAGUCUCGUCCUUGGUUUCCGGUUCUCUCGCUUGGUCUUCUUCUUCCUCUUCUCCGCCUCAACCACCAACAUCUAUACGGCGCCGUUUCGGUUAACCAAUGAGCUAGGCAUUCCUGUAAGUAAACCGUCAAAUCCGGUUGCGAAUCUCGAAGCACCGGAGUUGAACCGGACGGUGAGCUCGAAAGUUGUGGUUGGCCGUCACGGGAUCCGGAUCCGGCCGUGGCCGCAUCCAAACCCUGCUGAGGUCAUGAAGGCGCACCAAAUUAUUGAGAGAGUUCAAAGGGAACAGAGGCUUCAGUUUGGGGUCAAGAACCCGAGGACUGUGAUUGCGGUUACUCCAACCUACGUUCGUACGUUCCAGACGCUGCACAUGACGGGUUUGAUGCACUCGUUGAUGCUGGUGCCUUACGAUCUCGUGUGGAUCGUCGUGGAGGCUGGUGGAGUAACCAACGAGACUGCAUCAAUUAUAGCGAAGUCCGGCUUGAGGACUAUUCAUACCGGUUUUGAUCACCGGAUGCCUAAUACUUGGGCAGAUCGUCACCGUAUGGAGGCUCAAAUGAGGCUUCACGCUUUGAGGGUUGUGCGAGAGCAGAAGCUGGAUGGGAUUGUUAUGUUUGCUGAUGAUAGUAAUAUGCAUGGUAUGGAGCUUUUUGAUGAGAUCCAGAAUGUCAAGUGGUUUGGUGCUGUUUCAGUAGGAAUAUUGGCUCAUUCGGGUAAUCCCGAUGAAUCAUCAGGUUUAAUUCAGAAAGUAGAGGGUGAGGAGAACCCAUCAAUGCCAAUUCAAGGUCCUGCUUGUAACGCUUCUAAUAAGUUGGCUGGUUGGCACACCUUUAACACUUUGCCUUAUGAGGGAAGGAGAGCAACUUACAUUGAUGACAGGGCUACUGUACUGCCCAGUAAGCUAGAAUGGGCUGGGUUUGUGUUGAAUUCGAGGUUGCUAUGGAAGGAGGCUAAUGAUAAACCAGAGUGGGUAAAAGACUUAGAUAAGCUUGAUCAGGAUAUAGAGAGUCCUUUGUCUUUGCUGAACAAUCCUUCUUCAGUAGAGCCGCUUGGAAGCUGCGGGCGUCAAGUUCUGCUUUGGUGGCUCCGAGUUGAGGCUCGUGCAGAUAGCAAAUUUCCUCCCAGAUGGAUAAUUGACCCACCCUUGGAGAUCACUGUCCCAGCAAAACGCUCACCAUGGCCAGACGCUCCUCCUGAACUCCCUUCUAAUGAAAAGGCGGUGAUUGGUGACCAGGAUCAGAUGGUCAAGCAUACUACAAAAACUCGAUCAUCCAGGUCAAAACGAUCUCGAAGUAAGAAGAAGCUUGAAGCAAGAGUAGUAGAAACCCAGGUUUCUGCUAGGCAUUCUGAUCAUAACUGAAACUUUAGGGCAAUCCUUGAUGAAGUUUAUACAUUCGUGUGAAUUUGAGACUGAUGAGUUCAAUGCUGAGAAAUUUGAAUUAUAAGGCCGAACGGGACAAAGUCCUACCGGAUGGUGGCUACAUUUAUAAGGCAUCUGUUAUAGUGCCCAGUCGAUAUGGGGUUUUGGUUGAAGUUCCACCAUAUUUUUCACAUCUCUGUGGUCUCUGUCUUCCGCGAUGACUGAUGGAUACUGUUUUUUCAUGGAAGAGGUAUGUCAACAACUCAUGCUGUGUCUGCUGCUUCAGGAACUUUGUCUGAUAUUCUUCAAAUCUUGUACAUGAUUUUCAAGCAUAGGAAUUAAAAGAGUUUGUGUCCAAUUGUUGGAUAUGUAGAAAUGUUGUCCAGUGUAAUAAAAUUAUCUUUUCUUGCCAUUUUUGAUGUAAUAGAAGUAUGCAUGCAUUAUUUGAGGAUUUUCUGAA